ACAGCUUGAUAAUAAAGAAAAGCAGAGCAUUAAACGCUCGAAAAAUUAGAUAAAAGAUAGCUAGAGUCACAGGGCCAUUUUUAUCGUUAAUGUUACUGUUUCGCUUCUUUAUUCUUCACUCAAACCUGGCUGGCGCGUUUCAGCAACAUUAGCGCGCUGUGGGAUCAUUGUAGUCUUUUCGAGUUUCAUAGACACAAGGUUGUAAGGAGCGAGAGAGCCUGGGUGAACUACAAUUCCCCAAAAAAAAAAAAAACCCUUGUAUACGCCUUUUGACAACCCACAGACGCUUCUUCUCUUUCCCUCUACAGUAUACACCAGCUAACGCUAGCUGUGGUCCUGGUCGCAGGAUGGGUGUAUCAGAUUUACAGUUUGAUAGAAAUGCUGGGCCUGUAGUGGAUCUUUCAGCCCGGGGUAUGCAGAAGCUGGAUCCCAAUUUCACCUGCUCUGAGGACACUCAUACUCUCAUCCUGGACCGGAACAACAUCAUGAAGCUGGACCACCUAGAAAGGAGUCCAGGCCUUCAGCAGCUGUCUGUAGCCAGUAAUCGUCUGGUGAGAAUGAUGGGUGUGUCUCGGCUGACAGAGUUGAGAGUCCUAAAUCUUCCCAAUAACAGUAUAGGCUACAUUGAGGGCCUGAGAGAUUUGCCUCACCUAAAAUGGCUCAACCUCUCUGGCAACAAUAUUAAGGUCAUUGAACAACUUAACAACUGUGUCUCUCUUCAACACCUGGAUCUGUCUGACAAUAACAUAUCUGCCCUUGGUGAUCUGACCAAACUGCUGGCAUUAAAGACUCUUUUACUCCACGGAAACAGCAUCACAACACUUCGAACUGUUCCCGCUCACCUUCCUGCACAAUUAUCCAUUCUCUCCCUGGCAGAAAAUGAGAUUAGGGAUCUUAAUGAAGUGUCACACCUGGCGCCACUUCAUGAACUGGAGCAGCUUUCCAUUAUGAGCAACCCUUGCGUUAUGGCAACCCCAUCGCUGCCAAGUUUUGACUAUCGGCCCUAUGUCAUGAGUUGGUGUCUGAGCCUGAAGGUCCUAGAUGGCUAUGUAGUAACACAGAAAGAGGGUCUAAAAGCUGAGUGGCUCUACAGUCAGGGCAAAGGUCGCUCAUAUCGACCAGGACAGCAUAUUCAGCUGGUUCAGUACCUGGCCACUGUUUGCCCUCUGACCGCCUCACCUGCCCUGGAGACAGCAGAAGAUGCCAAAUUGGAGAAGAUCCUCAGUAAGCAGAGAUUUCAUCAGAGGCAACUGCUUGAGGAGACACGGGGAGGCUGCCAGAGUCCUCCUCGUCCAACUCAGCUUGAUGUGGAGAGGCACAGUCCUUCACAUACAGUUCCACACGGUGGAGCCGGAGAGGUGAAGAAAAUCACUGUACCUGUGCCGGCUGCUCCAUCAGCCCAGGAGACGGAGCCAGUUGUCCGGUUUAACACCUGGAUGAGCUCUGAUUCUUCCAAUCAGUCUCUGCCUGUAGUAUGUCGCCCAAGGCUCAGUGAGGAGCACAUUUAUUUGGAGGAUGUGCAGAUGGAUGAGGACAAACUAAAUGGCAGCAUGCUUUCCUCAGAGUCCACUUUCAUCCCCUUUGCAUCUGAUCUGGAGCCACGAUUGACCCACUCCGACAGCGAGGACGAGACUGAGACAUUCGAGCCCGAUUCUCUGGCACCCAAGCACCCAGCGCAGUCCAAAAAGCAAAACACCAACAAGCCACAGCAUUCACCCUCAGCGGCGCAGGACGAGAGGAAGACGCUCGAAGAAGAAGUUAUUUCUGCCGUAGCUACAACAUCUAGUGGAUUGCUGGGAGUCAAAGUUAGCGCUCCACAAAAUGACCCGAAAAAGGAUUUUGGUCAAGCUGAGGUGAAAGAAGCCUCAAAGCAAGAAGAAGCUGACAGUAAAUUAAGUGCGAUGGAAGCAGACAGAGCUGUAAUUAAAAUACAGUCCUGGUGGAGGGGGCAUUACACACGAUGCUGUCACCCCAUGGCCAGAGAGGUGCGCAGUGAAAUUCGUCUGCGCAGGAUGGAGGAACACAUCCUUUUCCUGUCUGAAAAGCUGGACCAUGUGCAGAAGCAAUAUGAGGAAGAGAGGCUGCAGAGGCUUGUUCAGGAGGAGGCUGUGAAGUUUCUGUGGAAAGAGUUCCAGGCUAUGCAGCAGUGGAAGCAGUCUGUGGAGCAGCAGCUAGCAGCCGUUACUCAUGCCACCACCCCUGAUCAGAUCUCAUCUCCCAGACUUUGCAAGGCUGCCCAACCCAUUGUUUCUAGCACCACCAACCCACCUAGCAUGGAUGUCUCCUUCCCAGACUCUGGCUUCCAGUCAACCAGUGACCAGCAGGCAGCGCAAGAGGACAGCUUCCUGAGCAGCGGGACGGCAGACUCUCUGAAAACGGUGCGAGCAGUCAGCCCCGUUCGUUGUGGCUUCGCUAAUGGUAUUGAUGGUGUGGGCAGCACUGACUGCAGCCUGCUGGAGCAAUAUCUGUCCUCUGUACAGCAGAGGGAGGAGGAGGCAGAGGAGGCAGUUAGCGAUAGAACAGAAACACCACAGCCCUCCUCGCCAGCAUCACCCAGCAGGGCGGUGCAGACUAGCUCCCCCACAGAGAAGGCAGCAGAAGCAGCUCCUGGCUCUGCCUGAGAGUCCUCACCUGAUAGACACCUGUACAGAACCACUGACCGUUAGUAAAUUAUCACUGAGUGUAAGUUUACAGACAGAUCUCCCUCUGCAGUUAUCUCUAUUACUAACCCAGGACUCAUAAAUCAGUGCUCUCAGUUCUAAAACCAGUUUAAAGCAAAUACCUUACAGUGAAUGUAGCUCUAGUGUUUUUUAUACUUCACCACUUGGAUCCUUUCUUUUAUUAAUGAACAUUUUCCUCUCUGUAAAGACACCGAAUGUGAUGUAACUUAAGAAGGUAUCAGUGAUGUGAAAGCAGUUAAGAGGUUCCUGCCUCUUAAAAACAGACACGUUGUGACCUGUUACUUCUACAGUGUCUAAGAGCAGGAGUUGAUGUGCUAAAAAAAUGCACUUGUAACUACACAUAUAUCUACUAUAUAUCUGUUGUGCCAACCAGUGUGAAUGGAUGGCCUGCUCUGUAUAACUAUAGGUCAGCAUUAAGUGAUGAACAGGAAAAUGUCGUAGCAUCCUGAUGUUGUGAAAAAUGUAAAUAAAU